UGGCCACUGAGCUCGUUUCUGUAGUUUUUCACAUAAGUUGUUUAUCUAAAACAAACAAUAUUCUUGAAAUAAAUCACAAUCUUGUUCUGAUUAGAUCGUGUCAGAACAUACAGAUCCACCCACACCCCUUUCAUAAGGCAGAAAGGGAAUCACCGCUCAUGUAUCACCCCCCCCCCCUCGCCCGCUUAUACUGGUUAAGCCUCAAUGCUUCCCUAGGCCUCCCUUUGUUUACUAUGAUAAUAUUGAGCACUAUCACGCAGAUGAGAAACAAUACGUUGGUUUACUCUAACGAGCUGGUGUACGCCGAGCACGACCCCGUCUACAGUUUCAUCAUCCGCAGUUACAACUAAACGGUCGGGGUGGAGUGUGACAUUCAAGGAAACGAUACUUCUUCAGGGCACAUCCAUCACAACAACGACCAACAUACGGUGGUUCCGGUGGAGGACGCCAGGCAGUACGACGUCAACGUGACAUUCUAUCGCGAUGCCAACUUCCAGAUGCCGCUGCCCGGAAACCAGCUGCACGUGCCCGUCGGCACGUACGUGUUUGUGAAGAUGUACACGACGACGAGCGACUGGACCGUGACGAUACGCCUAGAUUCAUGCUACACGCGCCUCGCCAACAGCUCCUUGAACAACCUUCAGUAUUUUCUCAUUAAAAACGGGUGUGCAAUGGAUUCAAACACUCAUCUGAUUUCGCAGUCGGCACACGAGACUCGCUUUGUCUUCAAAGACUUUGAUUACACGAACAGCCACGAGGGUAUUGACGUCACGUGUGACGCCACGUUCUGCAGUGCCAGUGACGUCUCCCGCCAAUGCACAUAGACGUGUAACCCGGUAGUCAGGCGGGCGGGACACAUGUACCUCCCAAAAGCAACAGCAGAAAGCAAUGUCAAUACUGACGAGGUCGUCACGACUCAGAUUUGUAAAUGAUGUCACCGCCGAAAGUCACGUCAGCCCUGUCAAUGAUGUCAUCACCGACAGUCACCAAAGCUCGCAUGAAAGUUAAAUAUAAACUGAUAAUAAGAUAUCUAUCGAAAUAUAAUACUUAGUCUGCAUGUGUUCAAUUUUGUAAGUU